UAUUACCGAGCUAUAACAAUAAUCCAGUCUCAAAAUAAGGCUGCGAUCGAACCAGACACGUUUUAAGACUUGACACACUCUGCCUCGAAUAAGUGACUACCCCAUUCAAAGCACUCAAACACACACAUCCAUUCAUUCUCCCUCAUUAAAAGAAAGCGGGAGGUUUCCACAUUAUACUUGCGUGAGUUGCUUACUGGACCACAAGAGGCUCCAAAGUUGGAAUGUGAACAAAUGACGCUCGGCUGCCAUUUUAUUAGGAACACCUAGCUGAAACAAACCCUCCCCUCAUGAAGGUUACAGCGUUCAGUUCUGACUGAAUCUGUUUCAGAGAUCAGGUGUCGAUUCAACUUCACGAUCUUUUGAAGAAGCUUUUGAACUGUAUGAGAAGAAUGACCGGUGUCUUUGACGUUUCCUCAUUUGUAUCAAUGAGGGAAGACUGAAUGACGGAAACAACUCACUGUACAAUGCAGUGCCACAAAUAACAUCCUUCAAAAUGAUCACUCAGUCAAAACACAUCUAAGAAAUGGUUAUAUGGAAACUACAUGCCGGUCCGUUGUAUUAGAUGUCAGAUGUCAGUUUUAUUAUCCAGCCCCAGUGUUAUGGCCUCAGGAGUCACCGGGAGCGUCUCCGUGGCCUUACAUCCUCUGGUUAUCCUCAACAUAUCCGACCACUGGAUACGUAUCCGCUCACAGGAGGGGCGGCCAAUGCAGGUGAUUGGAGCCCUGAUCGGCAAGCAGGAGGGUAGAAACAUCGAGGUGAUGAACUCCUUUGAGUUGCUGUCUCACACCAUAGAUGAACGAGUGCAUAUCGACAAGGAGUAUUACUACACCAAGGAAGAACAAUUCAAACAGGUUUUCAAAGAAAUGGAGUUCUUGGGUUGGUACACCACAGGCGGUCCCCCUGACCAAUCCGAUAUCCACAUUCACAAGCAGGUGUGUGAGAUCAUUGAGAGCCCUCUUUUCCUCAAGCUCAACCCAAUGACCAAACACACUGAUCUCCCUGUUAGUGUUUAUGAAUCUGUGAUUGACAUCAUCAAUGGAGAGGUAUUGUGUGCCACCAUGUUGUUUGCUGAGCUGACGUACACUCUGGCCACAGAGGAAGCAGAGAGAAUCGGCGUUGACCACGUAGCUCGAAUGACGGCCACCGGCACUGGAGAAAACUCAACAGUUGCUGAACACCUUAUAGUCCAGCACAGCGCGAUAAAGAUGCUCCACAGCCGAGUGAAGAUCAUCCUAGAGUAUGUCAAAGCCGUGGAAGCAGGAGAGGUACCAUUUAACCAUGAGAUCCUCCGAGAAGCAAAUGCCCUGUGCCACAGACUGCCGGUCCUCAGCACCAUAAAAUUCAAAACGGACUUCUACGAUCAAUGUAACGACGUGGGCCUCAUGGCGUACUUAGGAACCAUCACCAAGACCUGCAACAGUAUGAACCAGUUCAUCAACAAGUUCAACGUCCUGUACGACAGACAGGGCAUCGGCCGGAGGAUGAGAGGACUCUUCUUUUGAGUUAGCUGAGCCAGAGACAAACAAGCACUGCAGUUUUUUUCUUCCUGUUUUGUCUUUUUGUUUUUUUUGUUUUUGGUUUGUUUGUAUUUUGGUUAGCCAAGACAAAUUCAUAAACCAACAGCAGCUUUUCAAACCAGUUUACCAUUUUCAUUUUCGAUCACAAGUGUAACUUAACGCACUUAAUUACACCAACCGGUAAAGAGACAUGUUCAAAAUCCCUCAACUCUCUCUCGGGUAUAAACAGAAAGGAAUCCACUGUACUUUAUCAUUAUAUUAUUUGACCCUUUUUGUUGUAUUGUUCCGUGUUUCUGUAUGUAAUAAAUGAUCUGCUGACUUUC